AUGGAAUAUGUAGUGCAGGGUCCUGAAGAUCCAGCAAGAGGACCGCCUGGACCGCCUCAUGGCUAUCCGUUCAAUGGGCGACCAUCGAUGCCAAAUGGCCCACCCAGGAAUGAGGGUGCUCGUUUUCCUCCAAUCCAGACUCUCCCAGGGAACUUCCCCAACGGAUUUGGUUCACCAGAAAGGCCUUUUGCCGCCCCUGAACCGCCGCCAGUGUUUAUUCCAUCACCCAUGCAAACGUCGUUCCCUCCGCCGAUGCCACCGCCAAACUAUCAGCUCAGCGGACUACCGCUCAGUGGCUACGAACUCCUAGCAGCCAAGCUCUCGGGCAGCAUGUCAGGACCAAGACUUGCACCCAUCUAUCGACGAUUUGAGUCGCUUCAUCACCGGCUGCUUUUGCAUAUGCAGGAUGAGCUCAUCGAACUGGAAGAGCAGCUGCGUAACCUCGACGCAGCGGACACUCAAAAAAGAAAAUUUCCAGGAGGGAUAUUUCCAGCAUCUCGUCGAAAAGAAAACAUGAGCCCAACCGACGCGACCUGGAAGAAGAAGGAAAUCAUAAGUCACAUUGCGCAAAAGCUGUACCAGUAUAACCAAGUCAUCACUUCGUUCAGCACAACUUACCACAUGGCUGAACCAAGCAUUCAAGACGUUGUGAACUAUAGGUCUUACCUCAACGCAAUCAACCCUCUUGUAGAGGAAGAGUGCCAGUUUCUGGAAGCCUCUGAUGACCUCGUCAAUCUAGGGCGGCGCAGACGACGCUCAAAUGGCAAUCCACAAGACGAUCCUCUCAGCCCCAUGCCCCGGUCAUCCAGUGUCGUAGGGUUUCCUCCACCACCCAGUAGUCAAAUCUCCAAUGCCGGUAGCUCAACUUAUCAAAAAAUCACCGAGGUUUCUUCCCUUAAGCGCGUUGUUCUGGCCAUGGCGAUGAUUGUACUUGCCCCUAUUGUCUGCUUCGCCGUGAUCCCAGGUUUCGUCGGCCGUAUGACAGUCGUCUUUCUGGUGGGUCUCGGGGGAGCUGCCGCGUUGCUCCAGUCCGGGUUGUUGAAUUCAUUAGCGGAGGAUCGAAGUACGCUGGAUUGGGUUGUUUGUGCAGGGGUUUAUGGAGGAGUAAUGGCUGUGAUUGCCGGUAUUAUUUGA